CCAAGUGGUUAAGGCAUCGCACUUGUAAUGCGGGGAUCCCUCGUUCAAAUCGGGGUGAGGGCACUCAUCUAUUUUUUUUUUGGACUAACAACGUAGCUCCACAUCAUCGCAGAAGCAUGCACUGGUUGACUGGUAUCGCUGAGUCUUGAUUAUUUCAAGUUAUUUUUUUUAUUACCCAGUCUCUCUCAGUCUCUCUUUUUUCAUUUGAUAGUUUGACAUCUUUCAACAGCAUACAUGUUUGUUCGUGUUGUAACUGAACAAUGCCCUUACGCAUAUCGCUAUCACACGUUACCGUUAUGUUUGUGAGAUGGUAAUCCUUCGCAUCGCAACCAUCGCAAAGAAGAUAUUUGUGAUAAUAUCCGCGGUGUUCCGAUUAGAAGAUAGGAUCUAGACUGUGAAUCUCCCGUGGCGGUGCGACUGUCGUAUCGCCUGAUGUUACGUUGAGACGACAAUGGAAUCCACCACUGCAACGCUCAGGAGCUUGCACAUACUAUGAGGUAACAAUCUACAGAGAAAAUCCUCGUUGUCCUUUUUAUUACAGUUUCAUUUAUCAUCACAUUACAGGGGGGCUGUGGUGGCAGUGCGUCCCGGCUUCCGUGGCGAUACCCAGUUGCAAGCCGCUCGUUGUCAGUUAAGCGCCCCGAUGUAGUCUGCCGGCCCCUUGCGAUGCCCGAUUGGCUGGGAUACCUUGAUCGCCGUGAUUUUGACGGUUUCUAAAAUUGGGGAGGGUAUGGUGCGGUGGAAUCCUCGCAGGGAAGUGGGUGUGCGGUAGCCAAGGCAGAGGUUGGCCGGCCGGCUGGGUAACAAGGCCACCGUGGCGGUGAUAUUCCAAUGUCUCUACCGGCAUGACAAUGGCUUUUUGUCUUUGUCGCAUAGCCUUGGUUCUCUUCCAGCCGCCCUGUUCUACAGUGACACUCUCGGCAUCUGGUAGCUGUGAUGGUGGUGAUGCUCCCUUGCGGUGCUGCCUUUCCAUUCUUUGACAAUAGAACGAAAGGCUGGGGAGUAUCAGGACAGAGUAUUGACAUCAAGUAUCACACUCACGUAUAAAUAAGACUCUUGAUUCCCUCCCAUCCUCAACUUUCUUCCCUUCAUCCUCAUCACACUACAACUACAACAACCAAUCCACUCUUACAACUCUUACAACUCUUCUUCUUAAAGAAACCACCCACAUACACAUUCACAAUGAAGUUCUUUGCUGUUGCCGCUCUCAUCUCUGCCGUCGCUGCCGCUACUGUCCCCGUCCAGGCCCGUGGCGACUACGGUGGUGACGACAACGACAACGGCCGCGACUACAACGCCUGCCCCGGCACUCUCUACUCCAGCCCCGUCUGCGGUGGUGUUGACAUUCUCAGCCUUGCCUGCCUCGACGUCUCUACCGUCCAGGAGACUCCUCGCAACGCCAAGCACUUCCGCGACCUCUGCGCCAAGAAGGGCCAGCAGGCUCUCUGCGCUACUCUUCCCAUCCUUGGCCAGGGUCUUCUCUGCAAGAAGGCCACCGGCACUGAGCGCAAGUAAGCGCGUGCUUCUGCAUAGCCUCUUUCAUUUGUCCCUGUAAUGAGCGACGCCAGCAUGCCACAUCCAUACCUAUACCAUCAAUAAUCCACCAUUAGCAUUAGAUAUACACCCAGGUUGGAUUGAGACUGAUUUCAGAACAGUGCGGAAUAAUAGGGCUAUAUUAUAGUGUAGCCUAAGUUUUGAAUGCAAUAGUACAAUCCCAU